CGGCAGUUGGUUCCGAGCCGCCGCUCUGAAGUGUUGUGGCGUUAAUCCGUGAAUAAAUUUUACGAAAACGUUAUGGAAAGUGUCUUGUGAACUUAGUUAACAUCGAACUUAAUUAAUUUUUAUUAAUUAUUUUUUUUUUCAUUAAUCAUUAAUUAUCAUGGAUUUAAUAAAAAUAAAUAGAAAUUAAAUAAUGACUAAGGUUUCACGCGUAAUUGGACAUUUGUGUGAUUUUACGUGUGGUUUAAAUUAUUCUUAAAUUGUGUUGUUGGAGAAAAAUAUACAGAAAUUAUUCCAAACGAAGACCUUGUUGAAUACGCAUGACAAAACAUGGAGAGAGCAGGCAACAAUACCACAUUAUAUGACGACCUUUAUACGAGCAAGUUUCUAGUUCAAAGGGAGUUUAGUGAUUUAUUACUGGAAACAGAUCGAUGGCCUAUAGAGAAGUGUUUGGAAGCACAUUUAAUAAACGACACUUUAGGAAAUACUCUUGCAAAUGUCUACAUUUAUAAUGGCACUCGGAUCACUUGUUUGGAACACGCCCCUGUUUUAACCAGAAGUACCAUAAUCAGAGCGAGUGUCCUCUCUGUAAUGGCCAUUUUAUCUUUCUUGGGAAACUUCGCAACUAUGAUAAGCGUCCAAAGAAGCAAACGAGGUCGCAGAAGAGCCAGGCCAUCGUGGACGGCGAUUUAUAGUUUGAUAUUCCAACUCAGUAUAGCAGAUUUACUAGUGACAGUAUUUUGUAUAGCAGGAGAAGCGGCUUGGUUCUUCACAGUGGAAUGGUACGCAGGAAACAUAGCGUGCAAGCUGUUUAAAUUUCUGCAAAUGUUCGCUUUAUACUUGAGUACAUUUAUACUAGUACUGAUUGGUGUGGAUCGAUGGCUUGCUGUGAAAUAUCCGAUGAAGAGUAUGGCGACUGCGUCGAGGAGCGUUCGACUUGUUAUUGUCGCGUGGGUUCUUAGCUUUGCUCUCAGUAUUCCUCAGCUCGUAGUGUUUCGAGUAGCGAAGGGGCCAUUCGUGGAGGACUUCUACCAGUGCGUGACUCAUGGUUUUUAUACGGAGAGAUGGCAAGAACAGGCGUACACGACCCUGUCUUUAGUCUUUAUGUUCGUUCUACCUCUCGUCAUUCUAGUCUCUACUUAUGUAUCUACGGUCAGAACUAUCGCUAAAAGCGAAAAGGUGUUCCAACCGGAAGUGACGCGCCAGGAGAAAUAUUUGACACCAGACGUCAACCGGCGGAGAUUAAUAGACAGAGCGAAAAUGAAAUCCUUGAGAAUGUCGGUAGUGAUUGUAGCAGCUUUUAUAAUAUGGUGGACACCCUAUUACGUGAUGAUGGUUAUGUUUACAUUCCUUAAUCCGGAUAAAGGUCAAAGUGAAGAUCUGCUUUCUGGGAUAUUUUUCUUCGGCAUGUCAAACAGUCUAGUCAACCCUGUGAUAUACGGGGCUUUCCACUUGUGGCCAAAGAAAAAGCGAUCACGGCACAGCGAUAGGGAAUCCGGUGGACAACAAGCAUCGCUACUCCGCCGUGGCGAUCACACUUCGUCGGUGAGACUGACGACCAUCAGAUCACUCAGGUCAUCAGCGAAGUACUCCAACGGACAGAACAUUAGUCUGUUAUAACCCAUGAGCAACAUCAGGGUGAUACCUCGUACAAUAAUCGCCGAAGAGUCUUGUUAGUGAUAGAAAAACUAGUCAUUUUUUUAACAGUGAAUGUGUAAAUAAAAAAAAUUAAAUAAAUGUAGAAAUAGAGUCCUACAAUAAGUAAAUAUUUUAUUAUUGUAAAUAGGUAUUUAAUUGUAUUGAAGAUGUUUUUUUUUUCGAUCAUAAGAAAUUAUGUAUAAUAUAUUUAAAAAAAUAUGUAUUAUUGUACAUUAUAACAACAAUAUUAUGUGCUGUAAAAUAAAGAUAAUUAAUUACGCUUUAUUAUUAA